AUGGGUCAAAGUAAUAGCAAAGUAGAUAGUAUUUUCACAAGUAAAGUAAACAUCUUAAUGAUUGGUUACGAUUAUGGCGGGAAAACAACGAUUUUACACAACCUAAAGAUUGGUGAGAUUUCCCAAGUUAUUCCAAUGAUUGGUUUCUCUUAUGAACAAGCAAAAUAUAAUAAUCUAAAUAUAAUUAAUAUGGAUUUAUCACAAAAUAGAUGGAACCGUAGAUUAAUGGGGAUGUUAUUCAAAGAUAUAGAUGCUAUUACUUUUGUAAUCAAUUCAUCAGAAGACGAACUAUUCACAGACAUUAAAGAAAGUUUAGAAUAUUUAUUCAAUCAAGCAAAUGCUUUCUCAAUAUCAGAGAUAUCGAAACGUAUCAAUACACUAGAGAUUAAAGAUAGAAAAUGGUAUCUUCAACCAACAAUUGCAAUCAAUAAUAACUUUGGUGUUUUAGAAGGUUUUCAAUGGUUAUCAGAUAUAAGUGAGAUUGCAAUGAGUUGUAUUCAAGUUGGUUUCUAUAUAGAACGUGUAGAGAAUAAAUAUUUUAAUAUUACAAGUUGGGAUUCAAAUUGGUAUAGAGAAUCAUGGAGAUUAUAUUUUAAUGAUAUAGAUGCUAUUAUUUAUGUUAUUGAUUCGACAGAUCAAAGAAGUUUAGAUAGUAUAUCUAUUAAUAUCACUACAAUAUUGAGUGAAGUACAACUCAUAGGCAAACCAAUUCUAUUCUUUUAUAACUACCAAGAUGCUCAUGAUGCUCUAUCGAUUUCAGAGAUAUCAGCACGUAUCAAUACUAAUGAUAUCAAAGAUAGACAAUGGUUUACUCAACCAACAGCGGCAAUAGAUAAUAAUAGUGGUGUAUUAGAGGGUUUUCAAUGGUUAUCAAAUAUUUUAAUUGAUGAAUCGAAUCAUCAUAAAACUUUGUAA